UGGAGAGAGAAGAGGGAUUAGUAGUGAGAGGACGCGUACAGAUCGACAUGCGCAAACCCUUUCGCUCAGUGAAAGAAGCAGUUAUGUUAUUCGGGGAAAAGGUUUUAGCUGGGGAAAUCUAUGCCAACAAGCUCAACGAGAUGGAAACCAAAACAAGGGAAAAUGGACAAUACCAAUCCAAAUUAAGAGCUGUAACAGCUGAACUUGAAGAGACAAAGCAAAGCCUUCAAAAGGCAAAAGAAGAAGGUACUAUCAUGGCUUUUUGCCUUCAAUCUCUAAAAAAAGACCUUGAACAGACAAAGAGAGAGUUACAACAAUUGAAGGCAAGAGAAUCUUAUAAAGAGCCAGAUGAUCCCGAAAUUGAAGAGCUCAAGUUCAUCGAAAACACAAGCAGAGUUGUAGUCAAGCCACAGACAGAAGAUAGUUUUGAUUAUCAGUUUCAGAAGAAGAGGUCUGUAAAGUUUGCGAGUCCUUCUUCAUUGGAAAAGUUGAUUACAAGCAGAGAUGUAGAUGUUAACAUGGUGGAGACUCACCCUUCCCUUGAGAAGAAGAUGAAGAGGAAGACUCUAAUCCCUUUGAUUGGAGGGUUGUUUUUGAAAAAGAAAGGAGGCCAAGGCCAAGAGAAUGAUUCUCCAAGAGUCUAAGACUACCCUUAAAUGAACACAAAAUGUGAUUAUCAUAGGCUGAAGUGAGGCACAUCUUUUUGGGAUAGAGCAAUACAACUUUAUAAUUGCUUGAGUAAAAUAUUUAUGAAUAUUGUUU